AGCAGGGACACACGAUGAAUUUGACAGGGACACCCCAUAAAUGUGACAGUGAAACCCCUGAAUGUGACAGGGACAUUCCACGAGUGUGCCAGGCAGGGACAUCCAGAAGUGUGCCAGGGACACCCCUGAAUGUGCCAGGCACUCCCCUGAAGCUCCGGGUUUAAUCUGAUGCAGCCCCACCGCACCGCCCAGUUCGGGGUUUUUUGGGUAAAACCCCGGUGCCACCCGCGCCACUCGGGGAUCGGAUGUCCUGGAUGUCCCAGCGCUUCCCUCGGCCAGGCGGAGCGAGGCACUGACCCAGGUGCAUUUUGUGCUCGUGCUGACAGCUCAGAACUGCGCUCCUGCCUGGCAUUCCUGAGGAAUGUUAAUCGGGAUUUAAUUCCUGGAUGGAUCCAGAGGGAAACGGGAAUUUGGGGACGAUGGAAGAGUGGCAGAGCAGGAAAAAAGCGAUUUGAAGCCCCCGAGGGAGGAUGUGGGCUUACACCGUGGGCUUCACCGUCCUGCCCCACGUCGGAGGAUUCCUGGGCUGGUUCCUCAACAGGAAGGAAAUCCCAGCGUGGUACGAGAAGCUGAAGAAACCUGCCUGGUGCCCGUCGCGCCGAGUGUUCCCCGUGGCCUGGACCAUGCUGUACACGGGCAUGGGCUACGCCUCCUACCUGGUGUGGAACGACCUGGGUGGCUGCAGCAGCAAAGCCAUCGUGCCCCUGGGGCUCUACGGGGCUCAGCUGGUGCUCAACUGGGCAUGGCCGCCCUUGUUCUUCGGUGCCCGCAACCUCAACAUGGCUCUGAUUGACAUCCUGUGCCUGGACGGGCUGGCCGUGGGCACGCUGUGCUCCUGGUACCGCAUCAACCGCGUGGCAGCGCUGCUGCUGCUGCCCUACCUGGGCUGGCUGGCCAUGGCCACCUGCCUGACCAUCCGCAUCUGGAGGGACAACCCCGAGCAGAAGGCGGCCAAGAGCGACUAAACCUUCAACCGAGUUCUGUCUGAAUUUACUCCGCUUAAACCAUCCCCAGGUGUAAUAAUCUGGGGGGUUUGAUUUUCCUUUCUCCUCCUCUCACCUCCAUCGUGAGAUGUUUGCACCAUUCUCUCCUUUAAACUGGGUCUUCUCCAGUGGGUUUGGGGGCUCCAGCUGUUCCCUUAAUGGCACCCAAUCAAAUUUCAGCAGGGAAAUGAUCUGGAAUAAUUCACGGUGGGCACCCAAUCAAAUUCCAGCAGGGAAAUGACCUGGAAUAACUCACGGUGGGCACCCAAUCAAAUUCCAGCAGGGAAAUGAUCUGAAAUAAUUCACAGUGGGCACCCAAUCAAAUUCCAGCAGUGAAAUUAUCUGGAAUAAUUCACGGUGGGCACCCAAUCAAAUUCCAGCAGGGAAAUGACCUGGAAUAACUCACGGUGGGCACCCAAUCAAAUUCCAGCAGGGAAAUGAUCUGAAAUAAUUCACAGUGGGCACCCAAUCAAAUUCCAGCAGUGAAAUUAUCUGGAAUAAUUCACGGUGGGCACCCAAUCAAAUUCCAGCAGGGAAAUGACCUGGAAUAACUCACGGUGGGCACCCAAUCAAAUUCCAGCAGGGAAAUGAUCUGAAAUAAUUCACAGUGGGCACCCAAUCAAAUUCCAGCAGUGAAAUUAUCUGGAAUAAUUCACGGUGGGCACCCAAUCAAAUUCCAGCAGGGAAAUGACCUGGAAUAACUCACGGUGGGCACCCAAUCAAAUUCCAGCAGGGAAAUGAUCUGAAAUAAUUCACAGUGGGCACCCAAUCAAAUUCCAGCAGUGAAAUUAUCUGGAAUAAUUCACGGUGGGCACCCAAUCAAAUUCCAGCAGGGAAAUGACCUGGAAUAACUCACGGUGGGCACCCAAUCAAAUUCCAGCAGGGAAAUGAUCUGAAAUAAUUCACAGUGGGCACCCAAUCAAAUUCCAGCAGUGAAAUUAUCUGGAAUAAUUCACGGUGGGCACCCAAUCAAAUUCCAGCAGGGAAAUGACCUGGAAUAACUCACGGUGGGCACCCAAUCAAAUUCCAGCAGGGAAAUGAUCUGAAAUAAUUCACAGUGGGCACCCAAUCAAAUUCCAGCAGUGAAAUUAUCUGGAAUAAUUCACGGUGGGCACCCAAUCAAAUUCCAGCAGGGAAAUGACCUGGAAUAACUCACGGUGGGCACCCAAUCAAAUUCCAGCAGGGAAAUGAUCUGAAAUAAUUCACAGUGGGCACCCAAUCAAAUUCCAGCAGUGAAAUUAUCUGGAAUAAUUCACGGUGGGCACCCAAUCAAAUUCCAGCAGGGAAAUGACCUGGAAUAACUCACGGUGGGCACCCAAUCAAAUUCCAGCAGGGAAAUGAUCUGAAAUAAUUCACAGUGGGCACCCAAUCAAAUUCCAGCAGUGAAAUUAUCUGGAAUAAUUCACGGUGGGCACCCAAUCAAAUUCCAGCAGGGAAAUGACCUGGAAUAACUCACGGUGGGCACCCAAUCAAAUUCCAGCAGGGAAAUGAUCUGAAAUAAUUCACAGUGGGCACCCAAUCAAAUUCCAGCAGUGAAAUUAUCUGGAAUAAUUCACGGUGGGCACCCAAUCAAAUUCCAGCAGGGAAAUGACCUGGAAUAACUCACGGUGGGCACCCAAUCAAAUUCCAGCAGGGAAAUGAUCUGAAAUAAUUCACAGUGGGCACCCAAUCAAAUUCCAGCAGUGAAAU